ACCGACUCAACUACAAAGAAGAUCCCAUUUCUUAGGUCCAGUUAGGAACUACAAUUAGUACAAAGAUAGUUGUAUCGACUCCGGCAACCCUUUUCUUGUUAGCAAAUGGGUAAAGGCAACAAGCAAGGAGGGCAUGGAGGUGCUCGAGGACGUCGCAAGCCGAAACGCUCUGAAGAAACCGGUGCUUCUGCCGUGCAAUGUGAUGCGGAUUUGACCGACCCAAGUGAGGCAGCGGCCGCGGCGACAGCAAGCAGAAGAGGUGGCCUUGAGUGUCCUCUCGCCAUGUGGGAUCUGGGUCAGUGUGAUCCGAAAAGAUGCACUGGCAGGAAGCUUUCACGUUUUGGGAUGGUGAAAGUACUCAAGCUUUCUCAGCGCUUCCAUGGUGGCAUAGUCCUGUCACCCAUGGGCAAACAAACACUGUCCCGCGAGGAUCGCGACUCCAUCGCAUCUGGGCUGGCAGUGAUCGACUGUUCGUGGGCCCGGCUGGAUGAUACACCGUUCGAUAAAAUGAAGGGAGGCGCGCCGAGGUUACUGCCAUUCCUGUUGGCAGCAAAUCCUGUGAAAUAUGGCCAAGGUUGUCAGCUCUCAUGCGUUGAGGCAUUCGCAGCAGGUCUUUACAUAGGAGGGUUUCCUGAGUCAGCGGAAAAGGUACUUAGCAAGUUCAAGUGGGGUGACUCCUUCUUCGAGCUGAACAGAGACCUGCUGGACCUUUACAGUGAGUGCGCGAAUGGUGCAGAGGUCAUCGCUGCACAAGAAGCGUACCGGAAAAAUCCUACAGGUGGUGUAGCGAGUCAGCAGCGUUCUUAUGACUUACCGCCGUCUGGCUCCGAAAGUGAAGAAGAGGAAGCAGAAGGCAGCGAUGAUGAACAGGAGGGUGCAUCAACCGAACAAGCUGCAGCUGCACAUGAAGGAGCAGACUUGGUAGAAACAGCAGGGGAGGACGUACCCGGCCUCACUCGUGCCAUUGAUGGGUUAGCGGCAUCUUAACGGUGCCAGCCUUUGGUCUAGGUGUACCGCUCUGAUCUGAGCACCCACACGUGUGUAUUUGCUGGAGUCAGCACCAAUGGCACCACACCUGCAGGAGUCCAGGUACCCAGCUACUGCUCAGUUGAACACCGGAUGCGGAACCAUAACAGUAGCAUUUCUGCAGACCUAGCACUGUAGUACCCUACCAUCUCCACUGAAAGUGGCUGGGGGGUGAUACAUGGCUGCACAUCCUCAUCGCGCGUCGUUGAAGGUUAGAGAGUUGAUCAGACACUGCUAUGCGUAACUCUGCCAAGUCCUCUGCUAUCAUACGGUGUCAGCUAACUAUAAUAUGGGGCUGGCUGCAUUGCAGAUAUAAUGCUCCAAGCGCAGUUCCCUGAGAGGAAAACCUGCUGGUACCAUGAACCUGAGAUGUUUAGAAUCUUUUGCUAUAAGACUAUAUCCCAUCCAGUCUGAUGGAGGUGUCCUGGACACUGCCUUGAAUGUUAACACACAAUCCGACAGGACUGUAUCGGUUCCAGAUGUACAGUACUACUGCAAGUAAAGUUAUGUCCUCCUCGCUGCCAGCCAUCGAGAUUUGGCUGAAGAGAAUGCGUGUCUCACCAUCCUCACCUCACGCCAGCAUGUGCAGCAUGUACGUUAUUUUCAAUAUUAUUUUUGUGUAUUCUGUUGUACUUUGUGAGACUGGAGUAGUCCCAUGGAGCAAUGGAACAAACUAAUGUCUUGAAAAUCAUCCGAGCUGUUCUUGUCUAUGCUGUUGUUCUUUGUCAUUUGCGGCAACAAUCAUCAAAAGCAGUACUUUUUACAAAAUACCUCGUAACUUGUGCCCCCCCCCCCCCCCCCCCCCGUUUUUCCUUUUUCUAGGUUUUGUUGUAGACUGAUCACAUUGCAAAGAAGAAUUUGUGACAGCUUUGCCAUCAUGUAACUGAGCUAGCUCCACCACUCUGCUGUGGUGAUGUGUGAGUGCUAAAAUGAUCACAUUGGUAGUGUGCUGGUGUA